GUCAUACUGCAAGAUACAGAACCCCAGCCAGAUGUCGUCAUCAUUUUGCGCCCUAGCCGGGCUAGGGGCGUGUACAUUUUUUUAUAAUUUUAGCGCUGAAGCGGUUGUUACAACUGAAAGCUCCAUUAUUUUAUGGGGAAGGUUUAAUCCGACAUGGAUUCCGAACCGGACCCCCCGGGGUCAAGGGUGCUCAGAGGCUCCCACCGUUCUCCCAGAUCACCUGACUCCAUGUCAAAAAAGAAAACCAGCAAGCCCACAAUCAAGAAGGCCACUCUGCAGGAGGCUCGGAAGAAAGGGAGGAUGGAUCGAAGUAAAGGAGAGGAGGAGAUGUCCAACCAGCUCAAAAACCUGGACCUGCAUAGCAAGCCCAAAGCUGCUGGGACAGGCCUGGUGUAUUCAGAAACCUUCGCACGCUACCAUUGCCUCUGGGACAGCAGCCAUCCAGAAUGUCCGGAGAGAGUGACCACCAUAAUGGAGACUCUGGAGAGGGAGGGGCUUCUCUCCCGCUGUGUACGGGUGGAGGCCCGGGCCGCGACUGAAGAGGAGCUCCAGCUGGUGCACUCGAAAGAGUAUGUCGAGCGGAUGAAGUCCACGCAGAGGAUGGCCGAGAGCGAGCUCAGGCUGCUCUCUGACACGUACGACUCCAUUUACCUCCAUCCUGAGUCCUUUCUCUGUGCCACUCUGGCCGCUGGGUCCGUCCUGCAGCUUGUGGACAAAGUGAUUGCGUCAGAGCUGAGAAAUGGAUUCUCUGUUGCUAGACCUCCAGGUCACCACGCGCAGGCUGAUAAGAUGAACGGCUACUCCAUGUUCAAUAACCUGGCCAUCGCCGCUCGCUACGCCCAGCGACGACACGGCCUGGAGCGAGUUCUGAUUGUGGACUGGGAUGUGCAUCACGGCCAGGGGAUCCAGUACAUAUUCCAGGAGGAUCCCAGCGUGCUGUACUUCUCCGUGCACAGAUAUGAAGAGGGCUUGUUCUGGCCUCAUCUGCCUGAGUCGGACAGCAGCGUCGUGGGCACAGGAAACGGCGAAGGCUACAAUAUCAACGUUCCGUGGAACAAAAUCGGAAUGAAAGAUGGAGAUUAUAUUUCAGCCUUCCAGCAGCUCCUCCUCCCAGUGGCUUAUGAGUUUCAGCCCCAGCUGGUGCUUGUGGCAGCUGGCUUCGACUCUGUCGUCGGGGAUUUCAAGGGGGAGAUGGAUGCCAGUCCUCAGUGCUUCUCUGUGCUGACACACCUGCUGCAGGGUCUGGCUCAGGGCAGGAUGGUGCUGGCGCUGGAGGGAGGAUAUAACCUGCAGUUGACUGCAGAUGGGGUGUGCGCCUGUAUGAGGUCACUGCUAGGAGACCCCUGCCCCGCCCUGGAGAAUCCAGGGGCCCCCAGCGAGAGUGCACUGAAGUCGAUAUCGCAGACCAUCGCUUCCCUGUACCCGUUCUGGACCAGCCUGCAGGUGCUGGAGGGUGGGGUGCUCCCGGGGGGUGACCCAGUGACAGUGAGGGACAGGCCCAGUGAAGGUUUGGGGAAGAGUAGCCCCGCCCAUAUCACAGGGCUGGUGUAUGACCAGAGGAUGAUGGAGCACCACAACAUAUGGGACAGUCAUCACCCGGAGCUCCCGCAGCGGAUUUCGCGGAUCUUCAGCCGGCACCAGGACCUGGGCCUCGUCUCCAGGUGCCACCGCAUCCCGGCCCGCCCGGCAACGGAGAAAGAGCUGGCCCUGUGCCACAGCCUGCAGCACAUCGCGCGGAUCAAGUCGACGGAGGGCAUGAAGCCGAGGGACCUGUACAGGCUGGGGGAGGAGUACAACUCCAUCUACAUCAGCCCCGAGAGCUACAGGAGCGCCCUGCUAGCAGCUGGAGCCUGCUUUAACGCAGCACAGGCUGUGCUGGCUGGAGAGGUGCGGAACGCCGUGGCGAUCGUUCGCCCCCCCGGGCACCACGCGGAGCAGGACGCCGCCUGCGGGUUCUGCUUCUUCAACACGGCGGCCCUGACCGCGCGCUACGCCCAAACCCUCGCCCCGCGCCCCCUGCGCGUGCUCAUCCUCGACUGGGACGUGCACCACGGCAACGGCACCCAGCACAUCUUUGAGGAGGACGACAGUGUGCUGUAUAUCUCACUCCAUCGCUACGACAACGGCAUGUUCUUCCCGUCCUCUGAGGAUGCCGACUUCGACCGGGUGGGGCGGGGCAAGGGGCGGGGCUUCAACGUCAACAUUCCGUGGAACGGCGGGAAGAUGGGCGACUCCGAGUACCUGGCAGCCUUCCACAUGCUGGUCAUGCCCAUCGCCAGACAGUUUGACCCUGAGCUGGUGUUGGUGUCUGCAGGGUUCGACGCGGCCCGAGGGGACCCGCUGGGGGGGUACCAGGUGACCCCGGAGGGUUACGCCCACCUGACCCACCUGCUGAUGAGUCUGGCUGCUGGGAAGGUCCUGCUGAUCCUGGAGGGAGGUUAUAACCUCACGUCGAUUUCCGAAUCCAUGUCCAUGUGCACCAGCAUGUUGCUAGGAGACCUGCCCCCCUCACUGCCCGCCCUGCCCCCCCCUCAUCCGAACGCAGCGGUCGCCAUCAAUCACGUCCUGCGGGCUCACGCCCCCUACUGGAGCUCCCUGAGAAUGCAGAUUCCCGAGUCUCUGCGCCUCUCCCUGCCCAGCCCCAGGGGUAAACGCACCCCAGGGGGCAAGGGCAAGAAGUCGCCACGAAAGGGGACGCCAGCCCGAACCCCUGGGGGCGAAUCGCUCCCUGUCACGCCUCAGCCAGCAGUGGUGACGCCUCCAGCACUGCCCCCUGCUGGGCAGGAGGAUGACUCGCUGCAGGACAUCACACAAGGCCUGCUCUCUCUGGACUUGGAUCAGUCCGCUUCCGCCAGCCUCAGUCAUGUGGGUGGAGCUAGUCCUGCCUCAGCGCCUGUGGGCGGUGCUAGUCCUGCCUCAGUGCCUGUGGGUGGAGCUAGGCCAAAGGUCAAGCCCGCCCCUCACCAGAGUCCAGCAGGAGCCGAGAAAUCACCUGCCCAGGUGUUUCCUGAAAAACGAGAGGGGGUGGAGAGCGUGCCCGUGAGCUCGCUUCACAAACCGACUGGCGCACAGCCGAACCCUGAGCCAGCCUCCAGCGCCAGUGUGACUGGGGCACAGGAGAGCGCGGUGCUGGAUGAGGCGUCCGGUUGGUCAAAGAAGGACCAGCCAGUCUUUGAGCUCUUCUGUGGCGGCCAGAACAUGGACGGGGGGACGAUGUUUGUGGUGGAGCCGUUGCCGUGGUGCCCUCACCUGGAAGCGGUUGGCCCUCUGCCUGCGGGCGGGAUAGACGUGUUCCUGCCUUGCGAGGACUGCGGUGCGGACGCAGAGAACUGGGUCUGCCUCUGCUGCUACAAGGUGUUCUGUGGGCGCUAUGUAAAUCAGCACAUGGUGACCCACGGCUUGGUUUCGGAACAUCCUCUGGUCCUCAGCUUCGCCGACCUGUCCGUCUGGUGCUACUCCUGCGAGGCCUAUGUCCACAACCAGGUGCUGUAUGAUGCCCGGAAUGCCGCUCAUCAGUCCAAGUUUGGAGAGGACGUUCCCGCCUAGGCCUGCAGAGCUUGCGGAGAGAGGGGGAGUCCGUGUGUGAGAGAGAGAGAGAGAGAGAGGAGGGACUGAGAGACUGAGAGAAAGAAAGAAGGGUAGAAUGGACAGAUGGACAGAUCACAUCAGUGUCAAAAGUGUCUGAGUUUGGCUCCGGGCCACGGCAGUGCCAGCUGUCGCCCGUAGCUCCACAGGGCGACACACAGCUGGCACUUGCUCGCCCAGGGUAUGGGAGAGUUCUGUCGGUGAGGGACCUGCGCUCUAGCGCCCCCUGCUGGUCGACGGACUGCAUGCGAAAGCCGCACGUGAAAGCUCUUCCUCUGACUACGCUCUGUGCAAGCUUUGCUCUCAUCUGCGGUGUGUAAAGAAGCAGCUGGCGACACCAUGUGUUUUGGAGGAGAACCGCGCUCGUCUCCACUCUCCCGAAUCGGCAUUGGAGUUCGCAACAUGAACCCUGGUGCGGUUGGGGAUGAUUGGACAGUACAAAUUGGGUCGGAAUUGGGUGCUAAAUUUAUAAUUUAAAAAAAGUUAAAAUGAUCCAUUUUAAAAAAGGAAGUGUAUGUAGAGAGUGGGAUUUAGAGAGUGAGGAAGUUACUGAGCGACUGAGAAACUUGUUGAUGAAACCAGCUGUACUGUAGCAAAAGCAGUGCCUUCAACACAACUCUGGCCCCUCCUCUUUCUUUGUCAUGUGACCGCCUCUGACCUGCCAAUCACUGACCUCAACAGCAAGUGCCCACAUCAAACAAAUUUUAUUUUCACGCUUUAAAAUUUUUGAUUUUUGGUUGAAAAUAUGAUGUUGUCAAUGGUAUUAUUGGUGGGGUCUUUGCCAAAACCAAGGUUAUUUUCCAAAUUUUAUGAAUAUUUCGGGUCCUUCUGCCUGAGAAGUGUAAUACUGCAGCUAAUGUUGAAAACCAGGGGUGUUUUCGUCUUUAAGGGUGCGCUUCUGCCCUGUCUGUGGGCAGUAGUCUAAUCAAUAAUGUUUAACUGAAGAAACUGCUCGUGAGAAGUGGUUCCUGUUUAAAUCACCAGCAAAUAGGAACGUUUUUAUCAGCCAUUGUUUUCAUUAAUCUCUCUAUAUUUGCAUGUUAUGUUAUAUAAGAAAUAGUUAGCAAGAAACUAAAUAAGAAAUGCUGUAUUCCAAACGUGGCCCAAACAGCAUAGAAAAUCUCAAAAAUGACUUCAUAGCAAUACAGUGCAAUACUACCUUAAUAUCUUUGUUACCCUUCGUAUUAAUAUUACAUUUAUAAUUGAGAUUUACGUCCUCUUGUUCAUAUACCUGACGCACACAAAGGUUUUUACUUUAUCUCUCUAUUUGAUACGAUACUUCUAUUUUAUAUAUUGCCUAUCACAGUAAUUUAUGCUUUGUUAUUUCCGGAGGUGAAUCUUUUGUACGUCUGUGUCGUAGCUGUUUGCCUUGUGCUGUUUUCACUGUGUAGACUUUGUUACUGAAUGUCAAUAUAACUGGAUAUGAGACUGGA